AUGUUCCCCCCGCAGGCGGGUAAUCUCGACAUCGAGGCCCUGAGCGGGAUUUGCGGGUCAAUUUCCAUCGCCUGCUGGGUUGUCGUCUUCUCGCCGCAGAUCAUCGAGAACUUCCGUCGCGGAUCGGCAGAUGGACUGUCUCUGCUUUUCCUAGUUGUCUGGCUGGCGGGCGAUGUGUUUAACAUCCUGGGCGCCGUGCUGCAAGGCGUGCUUCCCACGAUGAUUAUUCUGGCUGUAUACUAUACCCUGGCUGAUAUCGUGUUGCUGGGUCAAUGCUUCUACUAUCGGGGAUUCACUCUGCGUGAUGAAGUCCCUACCCCCGUCAAUGGGGCUGAAAGUCGCGGUGAUGUUGGUGUUGAAGCCGGAGUUCAAGCCCCUCAUGAGACCACCGGUGCAGCGCCCGUCUCCGAAAUCACAGCCCUGCUGUCCACUCAACGCCGGCACUCUGCCACUUCGUUCCGGGAUAGUAUCCUCAACCCCUCCGUUGACGGGACGCAUCUCUCCCCCGCCACCCCGUUUAUUGAUUCGCCGGCCACCAAAGCGGCACGUCCCUCGCGUGCGGUUUCUACCCUGCAGGCCGCGCUCUUCAAUAUCACUGCCAUUUUGCUAGUUUGUGCCGCGGGCGUGCUGGGCUGGUACGUUAGCCCGUCAAACGCCAAGCACCACGGCAAGCGGACCGAACAGGCGAACACAAGUACUACGAAACAUCCAUCCUCUUCUUCUUCCCCAAGUCUAGACAUGGACCCUCUCGGCCAAGUGUUUGGUUACCUUUGCGCAGUCCUGUAUCUGGGAUCCCGCCUUCCACAGCUCUUGCUCAAUUUCCGUCGCAAAUCCACCGAGGGCGUCUCCUUACUCUUUUUCCUGUUCGCCUGCAUCGGCAACCUGACCUACGUGCUCUCCAUUCUAGCCUACUCGCCGCCUUGUAUCCAGGGGAAGAAACACUGCCAGCCAGGCGAAGCAUCGACUCUCUACGCCCGGUACGUCCUGGUGAACCUAUCGUGGCUGGUGGGGAGUCUGGGCACGUUCUUCCUUGAUAUGGCUAUCUUUGUCCAAUUUUUCCUGUACAGAGAUAAUGACCUUAGCGAAGUGAGCAGCGAAGACACAAGGGGAUGA